AUGGAAGUUCCUGCACCUAAAACUAAGAAUGUAAGGAUUCGUAACAGAACUGCAAGUCCUGAAUUGAAAUCAAUAGUCAACACCUCGACUGAGCAGCCUGAAAGCACAUCAAAAAGGACCUUAAAGGUGCAUAGAAAAGUAAAGGAGGCUAAAGAUGACGGCAUGCCACCACCCGGAUCAAUUGAAGAAGAUUUCAUACUUGAAAAAGAAGGGGAUGCAACAAAUUUCUUAAAAGAAAGAAAUUCUGCAACAGGCGAGUAUACACUCGACACCUUUUUAAGUGGCCCACAUUAUGAUGAUAACGGAAACCUUAUCCCUUAUUCAGUUGUUGGGCCAUCUAAAUUAUUCGACCAAAAUAAAGCUCCAGACUGGGAAAGUUUUGAAGCGAAAUUACCAGAAAAUGACAAAAGGCGAAUGAGUAAGCAUGCGAAUUUUAAUAAAAAAGCGUAUAAUCUUGACCCUGAAAAAGAAUUUCAAGAGAAAUUGAGAAGGAUUGAAGAAGGAGCUAAAAAAGAAGAAACUCUAAAAAAACAAAGGAUGAAAACCAUGGGGAAUGGGGAAAAAAUAAUACAAGCAAGGCAAGAAAAAAUACUUGAAGCGUUCAGAAAUAUAUUUAAUUAUUAUAAAUCCGGUAAUUCGCUGAAAAAAAUAAUAAAAGGAUGUAUUUAGCCAAAUUUAGCAUACUGAAUACAAGUGGAGAGAAUUAGAAAAAUCAUUAGGAAAAAUUUCUAAUAAAAAUGAAGGCGAUUUAUUAGCAAAUCGGGCUCAAGAAUACAGAGAAAAAGUAGAGGAAUGGGACUUUUUAGACAGAUCUAUAUCCUCUAAAGAAAAAGCUGGCGAUUUUGCAUGGUAUAUGUCAUUGAGAGAUAACUCAAAAGAUAAACUUGAUACUUAUUUGCAUGUAGGGAAUAUAUUUUCUGGGCUGUUUUCUAGAAUAGCUGAAAGAUCUGAUGAGGUUGAGCCAAUUAUUAGAAAGCCGGGGCUGCCAAAAACGCUUAACAAAACAUUCAGAGAUGACCCAUAUUUCCAGAAAAGAGUACAGUCAGAAGAGUCUAAAAACAAUAUUAAGCCAGUUAAUUGUACAGAAAUAGAAGAUUUGUAUGUGGUUGGGUAUGCAAAAUUGCCUAUGGAAUUAGAAGCGGCUAAAAAUGUAGGAAUUGAAAAUGUCAGACCUAAUUUGACUGAAAUUCAAGAGCAAGAAGAAAUUAUUGCGGAGAGUUAUGAUAGUAACUAUAUUCGAAAUAAGUAUUAA